CUGCCUGUGCCUCUCAGUCUUUUUUUUGUUGUUCAACAUUGCCGUAUCUGCAAAAUUAGUUCUAUACAUUGUUGAUAAGUAUGUUGCGCUGCAUUUACAGGAACCAUAUUUUGAUAGGUCUUCCGUGGCUCUUCAUAUUUUUGGGGUUCCUGUAUAUCUAUCGGGGGCCAAGCAUCUCACCCCUGUAUGGAUCAGACACUAACAUUAUAGAGACUAAGUCAGAGCCACUGAACGGACCAUUAAACAAAGGCGUUUGCUCUGACAAUGGCAGCUGGAGGGUUGGAGACCUAAAGAUGCAAACUGGACUGAAAUAUGCUCAGCCAAGCACACAGAACGGACGCACUGACGUGAAUUCAGUGACGAACUGGAAUGCUCCUCUGGUUUGGGAGGGAACCUUUGAUCCGGUGGUUAUUGAUGCAAUCUAUAAGAAAAUGGACCCAAGAGUUGCUGUGGUGUUGUUUGCUGUUGGCAAAUACACACGUUUCCUAAAGGGUUUCUUGGAGUCGGCUGAAAAGUACUUUCUUGUUGACUUCAGAGUCACCUAUUACAUCUUCACAGACAACAAAGGAGAUGUCCCCACAAUUAAACUGGGUAAGGGACGAAAAAUCUCAGUGGUCACCAUCCCUAGCGUCAACCGCUGGCAGGAAGUAGUGCUUGGCAGGAUGAAAUGGGCGACCAUCACCAUUGACAAACAGAUCCGUAAUGAAGCGGACUAUCUUUAUAUGAUGGACAUAGACAGUGUCUUCCACAAUGAUUUUGGAGCCGAGUCACUAAGUCCGCUGUCUGCUGUGCUUCACCGUGGCUACUACAAGAAUACAAGAAGGGAUCAGUUUCCGUACGAGCGUCGGCCCAAAUCUAUGGCCUACAUUCCUACUGAUGAAGGAGACUACUAUUACACAGCUGCUGUCUGGGGUGGAUACCUGGAGGACAUGUAUAGGCUGGUCAAAUACUGUUACACACAGUCAGAGGAAGAUGCUAAGAAUGACAUCGAAGCUGUGUGGCAGGAAGAGAGUCACCUCAACAAGUACCUGCUGUACAACAAGCCAACCAAGGUGCUGUCUCCAGAGUACCUUUGGUCAGACUAUGACAAAAUACCAGCAGACAUUAAAGUCGUCAGGAUCUCCCAGUUGGUCAAGAACUAUGAAGAAGUGAGGCCCAAUGGUGGACACUGAAGUCCAGUCAAUGUCAUACGGACCGUUAUAAAUGUAUGUAAAUAUCUAUUAUAGGUUACUUUGUUUUUUCUGUAUUGUGUAUCUUUAAAGGAGUAAAUCAAUUAAUUAGUACACUUGGGUUAGUUAGCAAUUUAUCAGCACCUACAGAACUUUGUAAUUUGGCUUACUUGAAGAAAUUGUACUUCCUUUA